AUGGUUUGUGCUGUUGUCUGUCAGUUGCUCACUGAUGUUGACAUUUUGCUUCCUGCAAAGAGCAGCAACUUGACACUGUCUUUGCAGAGAGCGUUAGACCAAAAAGCUCAGGUGGCUCUUGCCAUCUUCUUCACCAGGUUUUCAGGUGAGGACAUGAAGACGUUGAAGAUGUCAGUCGAAAGGGAAGACCCUAUUCUUGGCCUGGUAGCCAACAGGAAGAAUCGGGAACAGUGGAGAAGGCUGGCAAGAAGGAGGCGGGCCAGCAAGGUUGCCCCACAGAUGGCUCUGUGUCGCUUGCGGGAGUUUCAGGUCGGCUCAGACGCUCCUAGUUUGAGAAAGGCAGAUCUGAAAGGCCGGAGCGCGCUGCUGGCAGACAUCCAACAAGGAACCCGCCUGCGCAAAGUCACACAGAUCAACGACCGCAGCGCUCCACAGAUCGAAAGCUCUAAAGGAACUAGCAAGGAAGGAGGCGGCUCUGCCGGCUCCCGAGGUGGGAGCACACCUCUGGCCCUGGGAGAUCUGUUUGCUGGUGGCUUUCCUGUGCUGCGACCGGCAGGCCAGAGGGAUGCAGCAGGUGGCAAGGCAGGGCAGGCCCCUGGCUCCCGAGCACCUUCUCCAAGGCUCCCAGUCAAAGGCAUAGGUGGCCCCCUCAACCCUCCAGCCUCCCCCAGGCUUGGCAGUGCACCAGAAGCCCAUGGCACCACUGCCAGGCCCGCUCUUCCUCGUCCUUCCGUCCCUGCCCCCCCACCCCCCACCCCGCCCCCUCCUCCCCCGCCACUGCCCCCUCCAUCUCCCUUCAAGAACCCACUAGUGUCCCCACCUGGCCCACCCCCCAAAGGGAGUGUCACAGUGGUGGAGACUGCUGCCCCCAGCACACCUCCGCCCCCACCCCCACUGCCCCCAGCCUCUGGUGAUAAGGCAGUGAAGCCUCAGCUCGCCCCUCUACACCUGCCGCCCCUCCCACCCCCACUUCCUCUCCUUCCACCUUGCGGGUACCCCGGGCUCCACUCGGAGCCACCCAGCCCUGCCCAGGAUGGGCGGGAACCUCCGGUGCCACCACCUCCACCCCCACCACACCUAUCCUCAGCAUCCUCACCUAGGGUACCUGUGCCACCACCCCCACCACCCCCACCUCUGCUGGGCCCGAAUCCUAGCAGUGAGGCCCCACCCCCGCUGCCACCCAAGUCCCCAGGUGGCCAGGGCCAGCUGUCCAAGGCAGGCACUCCACAGGGCCCACAGCCCUUCCUGCAGAAGAAGAGGCCUGGCCGGGGCCCAGGGGCCGGUGGGGCGAAGCUGAACCCACCUCCAGCACCACCUGCAAGAUCUCCCACCACGGAGCUCUCCAGCAAGAGCCAGCAGCAGGCCCCAGCCUGGUCCCCGACCACGCAGCCCGGAGGACAGGUGCGGAAUGGAAGCCUGCCCGUCAUCGACGACUUUGAGUCCAAGUUUACCUUCCAUUCUGUGGAGGACUUUCCCCCUCCAGAUGAAUAUAAAGCCUGCCAGAAGAUCUACCCCAGCAAGAUCCCCAGAAGCCGCACACCCGGUUCCUGGCUCCCGGCUGAGGCAGCUGCACAGAGCUCUGAUGACAUCAAAGGCAGGAACUCGCAGCUCGCGAUAAAGACACUGCGGUGAGGAGACAGACACUGCCGUGGCCCUGGCUUCCAGGUGGCACAUGGAGAAGAGGCCCACUGUGUGUGAGCUC